AUGGCUACCAAAAAGGGUCUUGAAAGAGCUUGUCUUGUGAGCGAGAGGGACACCAAGAAGUACUCCUUGGCCCUAGACAGGAUGAGCUGGCUUCAGAAGAAUUUAAAUGAAGACAGGCAGCAGCAGGAAGCAGAAGUUGCUGAAGCUAAUCCAGCAUAUCACUGUCACGGCUACUCACAGGCCUAUGAGAACAGAAAGAGGGAGCAGCAUCAAGCCAGGAGGAAGCUCUGUGUAGCAUCAGUAAUUUGCAUCUUCUUCAUGAUUGCUGAGAUAACAGGGGAGUAUAUCGCCGGGAGCCUGGCGGUGGUCACGGAUGCGGCACACAUCCUGGUGGACCUGACGAGUUUCUUAAUCAGCCUCUUCUCACUGUGGCUUGCCUCCAAACCUCCUACCAAACAACUAACUUUUGGGUGGCACCGAGCAGAAAUUCUGGGAGCUUUGAUGUCUAUGAUAAUUGUCUGGAUGGUGACUGGCGUGUUGAUAUAUUUGGCUAGCAUGAGGCUGCUACACCCUGAUUACGAUAUUGACACUACAGUGAUGCUCAUUACUUCUGCUUUUGCCGUGCUCGCCAACAUCCUACUAAGCCUGAUUCUGCACCAGACCAGCCACGGGCACAGCCAUGGGGCACAAGCCAUGGAACACGUGUCAGCCCCUCGAGAAAAGCCAGCUCUGAGCAAUGCCAGCCUGCGGGCAGCCUUUGUGCAUGCCGUUGGAGACCUAUUCCAGAGCAUUAGUGUGCUAAUUAGCGCACUUAUCAUCUUCUUUAAGCCAGAAUACAAAAUAGCUGACCCAAUCUGCACAUUUGUGUUUUCCAUCUUUGUUUUGGCAACUACCAUCACCAUUUUAAGGGAUAUUUUGAUUGUGCUAAUGGAAGGAACAUCAAAAGGAUUUGCUUAUGAUGAAGUGAAAGCAAGAAUUUUAGCAGUUGAGAAAGUGGAGUCUAUUCACAACCUUCAUCUUUGGUCUCUGACAAUGAAUCAAACUGCUCUGUCUGCUCACGUUGCCACAGACACAACGGACAGCCAGAAGAUUUUGAGAGAUAUUACCCAAGCCCUAUUUGAGCACUACAGCUUCCACUCCAUCACUAUUCAGAUUGAAUCAGGAGAGGAUCAGAAACAAGACUGUAUCUUCUGUCAAGAGCCCAGGGACUAA